AAUACAUCGACAUGUUUUGUAUACGACUGUAUAAGGUUAUGUCUCGUGCAAAUUUUUAAAUUGCCGGGACGUAUUCUUUAGAGACAUUACACGUAAUUCUUAAGAUGUAACAAGAUUUAAAAAUUAUUUUUUGAGUUGUGACAGUUACGUAGUCUUGGACGACAAAAAAAUGAAGCUGGUCAAGCCGAAUUGGGUUACUCAUGAUGGAUAUCCGAUUUUCUCUAUUGAUAUACAUCCUGAUGGAAAAAGAUUUGCCACUGGUGGUCAAGGUGGUGAUUCAGGGAGAGUUGUAAUAUGGAACAUGGAGCCAGUGGUUAGCGAGACUGCUGAAUUAGAUUCUAAUGUUCCAAAGAUGCUUUGCCAAUUAGAUAACCAUCUCGCAUGUGUAAAUUGUGUAAGAUGGAGCAACAGUGGAUUAUUGGCAUCUGGUGGUGUAGAUAAACUUAUUAUGAUUUGGAGAUUAUCCGGAUCAGGAGGAAGUUCCAUUUUUGGUGGAAAAGCCAGUGUAGAAACUUGGAGAUGUAUUGCAACAUUGCGUUCACAUGAAGCUGAUGUACUUGAUCUCGCAUGGGCACCACAUAGCCCAUGGCUAGCUUCUGCUUCAGUGGAUAACAGUGUAAUAGUAUGGGAUGCUUCCAAAUUUCCUGCAGUGGUCGCAGUAUUAAAAGGUCAUACAGGUUUUGUAAAAGGAAUCACUUGGGAUCCUGUGGGAAAAUACUUAGCAUCUCAAUCCGAUGACAAAACAUUAAGGGUGUGGCGUACUACGGAUUGGACAGAAGCAGCAUUAAUAUCUGAACCGUUUGACGAGUGUGGUGGAACGACUCAUGUCCUGAGGCUUUCCUGGAGUCCAGAUGGUCAAUAUUUGGUGUCUGCUCAUGCUAUGAAUGGAGGUGGACCUACUGCUCAAAUCAUAGAAAGAGAUGGUUGGACACAGGAUAAAGAUUUUGUUGGUCAUCGGAAAGCAGUAACUUGUGUUAGUAGCCUUCAUGAACGAUUGUACGGUAAACCAUUGGUUCAAGGAGGCUGUAUGGUGAUGGAAGCACCAGAACUCCUCAAUUUGAAGCAACCGGCAUCAAAUCAAUCUUCCCAAGUAUCUGUUCCUAGUAUUCCCCCAGUCACUAAUACAGCAACUACUCCUGUUAAAGGACCUAUCAAUAAACAAAUUGAAACGAGAACUUCUGAUGGCAAACGAAGAAUUACGCCUAUGUUCAUUCCACCGCCGGCAGAUACAACGGAUACAAAUAUCACUGGCACACCAACAUUUACGAGUAAAGUACAAACGAAAAGUUCGAUUGUGAUAGAGAAACGUAACGAUGUCGUUGCACCCAACGUUACUUCAUCCGUAAAACCAGCUACCGUUGACACUCCAGGAUCUUCUCUUACAUUGAAACGCAAAGAACAAACAACACCGAGAAUACACCAUUCUUCGCCAAGUAAAAAGCCCAAAUUCGUAUCUGAUAGAAACACAGGUCAGAUGUUAUUGCCUCCGUUGAAGCCGUCCAGCUCGUUAUCUCAGCAGGCGGGUCAUUACGCUGUAACUGUCACUAAUAGUCAAGGCUUGGCCCAUUUACAAGUAUUUAAAGGCACAGAUUCUGAACCAACGUGGGAUAUCUAUUUAGGAUAUAGUGCUGUAGCAUUAGCAGCAUCACCAGCUGUGAUAGCCUUGGGUUUAGAGGACGGGAGUCUUCACACAUUUCAUCCCGCGAAAGGAUGUCGACCAGCGCCACCAUUAGCACCACCAGCACCGUUGGCAAAAGUUCACGCUGUUGGGAAUGCGGUGAUGGUGAUAUCAAGCUGCGGUGCCGUUCGCGUAUGGGAAAUAGGAAAUACAUGUAGAAUGAUUGUUUCAACCUCGGCUGCUCACUUAGCAGUGCCUGGAACAUCCUUAUUGUCAUGUACUUUGUAUAAUGGAAUGCCUCAUGUAGCAUUUACUAAUGCACGAGCAUAUAUAUACCACAAAGAUAUGGGGACGUGGCUGUUAAUUGGAGAUAGUCAAGAUCCAGUGUGGCGAUGGUCGUCAUUCAACGUACUGAGCACUUCUGGUAAUAGAGCACCCAGAGGACCUUUGUCAUCACUACAGGAAGGAUUGCUUAGAACUGCCGGGAAUACCUUACCAAAUCCACGAUUACCGCAUAGUGCACCAAGCGUGGUUUCUUACUUGGAACAACAGUUACUUGCAUCUAAAGCUCUUGGAAGCGCUCAAGAAUAUGUUCAUUGGCUUAUGGCUCUGGUGUCAUUCUUAUUAACGCAAGAUGGUUUGGAAAAACGUCUAAGGUUAAUUUUGGAUGAUCUUUUGGGCCCAAGCCAUACGUCAGCUUCUAAAAGUGUAUGGGAUCCUGUUAUUUUAGGGAAUAAAAAACAUAAGCUUCUGGGCGAUGUUCUAGCUGUGGUUGGUGGCCAUCUUCGUUGGCAAAGGUUAUACCUCGAAUAUUCAGAGCAGUUAACAACGCUGAAGAAUCAGAUUAAUUAAUGGUGAUUUAUCAUAAUGCAAAUUCAUUAUGCCAAAAGCAACUCAUCUUUUAGAUUAGUGUCUUGUAUAUUUCUAAAGAUAUUGUCAUAAGAUAUAUAUUUACAAAUAAGACUGUACAGUUUUUAUAACAUGUGACUUGAUACAAUUGUAUAAUAAUGAAUAAACAAUUUUUAGUAUAUUAACA